AUGGAUGAAGUUUUGAGCGCCAUCCAUAAGAGUACUUCUUCGACAAGAAAGAGUGUGGCCGAGUCGAGCGGAGGUAAAGUGGCAAUACCGAUAGUGGAUUCGGAGAUGGAGGAGACUUAUUUGAUAGAGGAGAUGACUACUCAUGUUCCCAUCUACCAUUAUAGAUAUGACAAGAAGUUAGAAAUGCCCACUUAUGAAGGGGAGGAUGAUCACCUUGGGAUUCAAAGUGAACUGUUGAAGUUGACCUAUAAUGAUCCGUUGAAGGUGAUGGAAUCUAUCGAAUGGAUUGAAGAAGGAAACCUAGUGAUGAGACCGACCCAAGAACUCGAACCUAACAAAGCCUUAAAGGGGAUAAAGGGAAUGGAGGUGGUUGUCCUUAGUGACUAUAGGGCAACUUAUAAUUUCAUUAGUGAGGAGUUGGUGCGACAAUUGGGUAUUCCUAUCAUGAAUACGAGCAGGACCAUGAUCAAAACCAUACGAGUAGGAGGGAUAAGGGGUAUUGGUGGAGUUGGGUUGCAUGACACUCCAAGAUGGAGAGAAAGGGGGCUGAUUUCGAAAGAGAUAUGA